AAAACGAAAGUGGAAAUUCCUAAUGUUAUUUCGUGAGGUGUUAUUAUAAAUAGAAACAUGGUCACCUCAUACAUAAACUAAUUGGUGAUUUGAUAAUGGACACUUUUUAGCAGUCGGUGUUUAAACGUGGAAAUACAGACAGAUAACAAGGAAGAAACUAUGUCAAGAAGCGCAAAACUAACAGACCACUUAUACAGACAAGUUCUGGAAAAGUCCGAACUGUGUGACGUGACCGUAACAUUCGGUGACCAUGUGAUGGGGGCACACUGGGGUGUUCUUGUACAGUGUAGUUACUUCCGUGCCAUGUACAACAGUGGAAUGAAAGAAAGACGAGAAGGGAUUAUUCACAUCGUAACAAAAGGGGAUAACGGUUGUGUUACGUUGGAAGAAUGCGCUAUAGACGCCGCUAUCCGAUAUCUCUACACCGGAAUUAUCACACUCAGCUUUGUAGAAGUUUACGAUAUACUACGAGUGGCAGACUACUUCCGGAUUGCGGGUCUUAAACAAGUGUGCAACCGAUUUCUCUCAAAUCUAAAAUGGGAACCCCAAAACUGCAUUGAUAUUUGCUACAUGGCAAAGCAAUAUCACCUAGAUCUUACCCGUAAAUUGAUGAAGUACAUUACGCGGGAUAUUCUUAACGUACUUGAACACGAUUGUAAUAUUAACUACAUUACAAAUGAAAUAAUAUUAGAAGUAGCGAAGAUUGCAAAAGAAAUACAAAUGAGUACAGAACUACAAUUCAAUGCUUUUCACAAAUGGCUGUGUUUCGACGAUAAAGCGAGGACAGAGACAUUUGUGAAACUGUUUCGUUCAUUGAGUUUGGAACACACUACGCAUGAGUUUUUCGAUUCUUUGGAUUGCGAUUUGGUGCAAAGUUUAUCUGACUGUCGCGAUCAUUACAUGAAAACUAAACAGAAGUCAUUGCGCGAACGGUUAAGAAAUUCCUCAAAAUCAUGCGACGUUGUUCUUAUGGUAGCCGAGGUAGAUGAUGAUUAUGUUUCUGAUGAAACAAAUACUUGUUGCAUCUUUGCAUACAUGACGGAUUAUAAACGCUGGUCCAUACUCGCUGCAUUUCCAGAAGAACUAGACCAUGAAGAUGUAAAAAUGUUUCUGACCUUUGACAAAACAUGUAAUAUCCUGUAUGUAUAUCGGGAUGUGGAACCUAUAUAUCCUCAAGCAGGAAUUAUUCAUAUUGGUAUCCAUAAAUAUGACUUGACGACAAAAACAUGGCAUGCAUGCACUUUAAAUAUGAAAACACCCAAUGGUAUUGUUAUUCAAAAUAUCGGUUGUACAAACGGUAAGUUGUGCUUUGUUGCAACCUGUAUUAAAUCGCAAACAGUAAAGUUAUUAGUAUUCGGUAAAAAAGAUAAAGAGGUCGUAUUAUUUAAUUUACAACGCAGUAUUUACGCGGAUGUUUAUACGAAAAUGUGCUCGUUUGAAAACCAGUACGUUGUAGUGUUGUGUUAUAUAGUUAGAGAAGAGUCAGAGAAGGAAGUGAAAAUAGCUGUGUACAAUUUACACUCAAAUAAGAUCAAACGGAUUCGCAAUAUACCUCAAGCAAUUCAAAAUCCAGACGACUUUUACGAAAUGGAAGAAUUUCUUAUUGAGACAAAAGAAGGCAUUAUCAUUUCUAAGGUUAAUUGUUCUUAUUAUAAAUCACUGAAUAUAAAAACUGGACGAUGUUCAACGAUCAAUAAAGUAGUUCUUCCAAGAGAACUCAUUACUUCUAAUAACCAUGAACACGAUGCGGAUAUAGAUUUCCCUUUUGGUAUUGUAAGUUGUACGGGGCUCAAUACUGUAGCCAUACACGAACGAGCUUUAGACAGAUUAUGUAUAUUUGAUGUGCUGACACAAACUUUAAAUGAAGAACAGAGUCUGCCGUUUGGGAUUCCUUAUGGUCAGAUGCUUCACACCAAACUCCCAUCCGAUUGUCUUACGUGUUUUUAUGAAUGCACCCAUUGCAAGUUCAAGAUUGAAACCGCAGAGGAAAAACAAGAUGACUGCAAAAUCAUUUAAGUGUUGAAUGAGUUCCAUACAUGUAACUAACUUAAAAAUUGUUUGCCAAGCUGUUUGCUAGAUUUCGUUAUUCCCAAUGUUAUCUGAAAUAUUAAUUGAUAUAAAAUAUGUGUUUGUGCAAGAGCAGAUUAUAGCAAAAUGAUUUUCUAUAUAUGUCAUUUAUAUAUACAGGCUGAACUAAAUGUAUUUACCUCGUUCUCGAUUACAUAUGCAGAUAGCUAUAAUAAUAAAAAUAGCAUAAUUUUAAAUUGUACUGAAAAUGGAAUAAAAUAUGUAUUAUACCUAAAA